AUGGCUGCAGGCGCAGAGGCCGACUCUAGCGCCGUCGUCGCUCAAGCUGAGGACGAGGGUUGGAUCAAGGCAGAAUUAUUCAAACUACGCCUCCGCCCGCGCACCAUGCAGCUCAACAUGAACGGGAUGCGGCUCACGCCGCUACCGCGGCGCAAAACGCCUGUGCACGUCUUCGGCGACUAUCUGGCAUACCUGUACAGCUGCACGCGGUCAUUUAUCUGCGAUACACAUGCGAAUGGGACUGCGCUGUGGAAUGCGGUCGAGCCAGACAUUCAGUUUGUGCUGAGCCACCCGAACGGCUGGGAGGGCCCACAGCAGACGCGCAUGCGUAAUGCGGCGGUGUAUGGACGUUUGGUGCCGGAUACGGAUGCGGGGCGCGCAAGGAUCCGGUUCGUGACGGAGGGCGAGGCGAGCUUGCAUGCAUGUGUGUUGAGUGGGCUCGCGGGGGAUGUGCUGUCGAAUCCGUCUAAACAUGGAUUUUUAAUUGCGGAUGCGGGAGGUGGAACGCUAGAUAUAAGUGCAUAUGCGAUCAAAGGAACAUCACCUCUGGCAAUGGAGGAAAUUGCACCCCCAGAUUGUAUAUUCGCAGGCUCUGUGUUCGUUAGCAGGAGGGCUAGAGAAUUCCUAGAAGACAAACUCAGGCACUCUAAAUACGGUACCCCUGACUCUGUCGACCACAUCACACGCCGAUUCGACGAGACAACGAAACGGCUUUUUAGAGAUCGCAAUGAACUUCAGUUCAUUCCUUUUGGGUCGCCUUUGGACAAGGACUCGGCUGUAGGAAUUAGAUCAGGACAGUUGCGAUUGACUGGCGCAUGCGCAGUUGCAAACCUUUUCGAACCUUCCGUCGAUGCUGCCGUAACCUGCAUUAAGAAGCAAAUAGAUGCAUCGAAUGGGAUGAUUAGGUCUGUUUUCCUCGUCGGAGGUUACGCAGCUUCUCCGUGGUUAUUUGGACAACUUCAAGAGCGACUGGCACCAUAUAGAGUCACAGUUAGUCGACCAGACACACAAACAUCGAAAGCGGUCGCUGAUGGAGCUGUUGGCUUCUACUGCGACCACCAUGUCUCUGCGCGCAUGUCCAAAUUCAUGUACGGUGUCGAAUUCCUGCGCGAGCUCGACCCGAACGACCCAGACCACGUCCAGCGGAAAGAAAAACUAUGCGAACUUCCAUCCGGCCCCAAAUUGUUACCCGAUGCCUUUGAUUGUAUUCUCGCCCGGAGCGUGAAAGUCAAAGAGUCGACUGUGUUUACGCGAAAGUAUUGUACUGAACUUACGAAUUUGUCUAUGCUCUCUGUCUUUGAAGUAGAAAUUUGGUGCUAUAGAGGGGGAAAUGUUGUUCCCAAAUGGAUUAAUAGAGGUGAUGACGAUUUUUCGACGUUGUGUGUUGUCCAGGCAGACUUGUCGCUGCUCAGCGGGAGCGCGGAGCCUAAGAUGGGGAAGAAUGGAAAGAAAUACUGGACCAUUGUGUUUUCUGUUGAAAUCCACUUUGGACUUACGGAGUUCAAAGCGAGGAUCAAAUGGAUGGACAAUGGGCAAGUCAAAUAUGGUCCUGCAGUUAUUGUCUACAACGAACGCGGGCAUCGCCUAGAAGACGACGAUAUUGAUGUGUACCCUGAAGAUGACAUGGUUACAAAUGGUACCCGUACCGAACGCUUACGCUCAGACACAAGCUCUCGCUCUCGCACCCCGGUGGAUUCAUAUUACCCUCCAGGAGGUGGUAGCAGCAGCAGCCGGCGCAGCUCCAAUGUGCCUGAUGUCUCUCGUAUGGAACGAAGCAGCUCGAAAGGAUACCCUCCAUCAGUCACACCUUCUCAGCGAAGUGCUGCUUAUCCUCCUUCUCAUGACGCUCGACGAAGUAGUGACAUUGAGCGCUCAGGAAGCGAUUCUGAUAGAAGAAAAGGAAGGGAGAGGGAAAGCCAGUAUAGCCGAGACGAUAGAGAUAGAGGUUUCAGCAACGGACCUGGCUCUGCGACCCCUGUCGAGCGCACACGCAGCAGUGCGUAUGGAGCACCGUCUAUUGCCAAAGUUCAGAGCACCAAUGGCGGUGGUGAUUUAUUGUCGUCGAAUUGGCAGCCACCACCUUCCACUUCUGCUCCGCCCUCCCGCCCGCCAAGUGUUCAUCCUGCUCAGCCAUCUCGCCCUCCGAGCGUUCAUCCUGGACAGCAACCAUCGCGGCCUCCUAGUGUGUACCCUGCUCAAUCUCGAUCGCCCACCAUCAACCCUCCUCACUCGCGGUCACCUUCAAUGUAUGGAUCUCCGGCUGGUGGUGAAUAUUCACAACCACAAGACUUAUCAGCUGCCCCGCCGUCUGCUGUUGAAGAACGUAGGCAAAGCCAUGUGUGGGACGCCCCUCAACCAGGCGUCUCGGAUGUCGUUCCAGAGCGAUCAAGCUCUCCUUAUGUGGACCGACCCAAAUCGCCUUUCGCUCAGGAACAGCCACAUAGCCAGCCAAGGUCACCCUUUAUCCCUGAGCAACCGCUUGACCGUCCUAAAUCAGCGUUCGGUCAUGACAUUGCUGCCCCCCCUGCACGCACUUCGUCGCCUUUUAUCGACCGUCCCAAGAGCGGUGUCGAAGGCUCGUUCUACGAAAAGCCUCGAUCUGCAUUUGGUGAUCCUCAACACAAUGUCUUUGCGGAUGACCCACCGCCUCCAGCUAUGUUUGGUGAUUCUGGUCCUGCUGCUCAGGUUGGCGUCGGCGCCGACUCUCUGUUCGGUAAUCCUUCUCCUGCUGCUGUAUUUGAUACCACAACUCCCACUGCCGACGAUGGAUGGGGCUUUGCGGUCUCGAAAUCGCCUUCGGCUGCAACAACCGCUACCACCAAAUCUGGGAAAAAGAAGAAAGGAUCGGCGGCCAACACCGCAGCUGCAUCUCCUGCAGCUACACCUGUUGCCUCUGCUCCUGCGAGUGGUCUGGCUUCUCGUGCAUCCCCGUUGUUCGGUGCAAACAAGUCGCCAUUUGGCCAAGCAGCGGAUAACCUUAAUGAAGAGCCUUCAAGUGCUGCUGCCCCUGUAGAAUCAUCAUCUCCUGCUGGUUUGGGCUGGGGAUCAGGAUCGAAAGCACCCUCGCCGAAGAAGUCGCCGUUUGGUAACACCAUUGAUGCUCUUCACGAGGAGGUACCUGUCGCCUCUGCAGUGACAAGUUCACCAUUCGCCAGUGGCGGCGGCGGCCUUUGGGGAUCAAAGGCACCCUCGCCUUUCGAGAAGAAGGACAAGCCACUUAGUCCACUCAAUCCUGCGUCUCAGAUUCAUACCCCGGCUGCAGCCACGACACCCGCCAAUGACUUCGACUGGGGUUUCACAGAGAAUAAAGGCACCUCUGCCGUCGAUAGUUGGGGACUUGGAGAGCAUAAAGAACCAGCUGGAGGAGAUAGCUGGGGAUUCAACGACAACAACAAGGGCUCUGGAGGUGGAGAUGGGUGGAAUGAUAUUGGAUUAGGAGAUCAAUCGCAACCAAAGGCACCUUCGCGCGCCCCGUCGCCUCAGCCAAAGGCUAUUUCGCGCGCGCCGACACCUCAACCUGAUCCAGCGCCACGGGUGCCUACUCCUCAGCCCGAGCCUCCAGUAGAGGUCGCGACCCCUGUUGAGGAAGUCAAGGAAACUACUGUCACUGGCAAGAAGAAGAAGAAGAAAGGCAAUGCCGCUAGUGCUGCGGCGAGUCCUAUUGCGGCGACCAAGUCUCAGCAAGCACAGGAGGCACCUGAGAAAGAGGCGGAGGCUAAGAAAGCAGAAGAAGAAGCAAAGAAGGCAGAGGAAGAGGCACAGAAAGCGGCGGAGGCUGAGAAAGCAAAGGCAGAGCAAGAAAGACUUGAAAAAGAAGCGGCGGAGGCGGAGAAGAAGUUGCUUGAGGAACUUGCAGAACUAGAGAAACAGGAGGCUGAAGCUGCCAGAUUGGCCGAAGAGGCCGAGAAAGAGCGUAAGGCUAAAGCUGAGCAGGAAGAAAAGGAGAAGGCUGCCAAGGAAAAGGAGGAGAAAGAGAAAGCAGAAAAGGCUGAACAAGAGAAGGCUGAAAAGGAAAAGGCAGAUGCUGGAUUCAAUGCACCUAUUUCAUCAUUCGGCAAUGUCGCCACCCUUUCCUCUGGUGGGCUUUUCUCUUCGUCUUCUCUUAAUCCUCCAGACAAACCAUGGUUAUCAACAGAUACUGGCGGCGGAGACGACAGCUGGGGUGGCUGGGGCACUCCAGUUACCACCAGCAAGAAGAAGAAAGGAUCCAAAGCUUCUACACCUGUGGUCACCAGUCCACCUUCAGCUUUCGGCUCGGGCUUAGGCGGCUGGGGAUCCUUCGGCGCGUCGUUGAGCGCCGAUAAACCAGCUUCACCAAAACCAUCUCCUAAACCGUCCCCCGUGGAGUUACCGGCAACUGAGACGUUCAACUUUGGUUCUUCUGGACCCAACCUUGACUUUGGAUUUGGUGGUAUAGGGAAAACGGCCUCCAAACCUCCUUCGAGAGUGCCAUCACGAGCACCCUCUCCUGCUCCUGCUCCUGCUGCUGAAGCACCUGCUGCAGAACCAGAGGCUACUCCAGCUGAUCCCUCCGAUCCUCAAGAUAUAGUUAGUCCCAUUGAAGAAAACAAAGGAGAUGCAGAGGGCGAAGAGAAGGCUGAGGAAGCAGAUACUGGGGCCGCCACUGGAAGCAAGAAGAAGAAGAAAAAGAAGGGUGCAGCAGGAGGUGCAGCAGAUACGCCUACGGCCGAGCCAGAGACGCCAGUUGUCGAAUCUCCUGUUGUGGCUGAAGCCGAACCUGAACAAGCUGCUGCCGCUGUAACCACUGGUGGUGGAAAGAAGAAGAAGAAAAAGAAAUAA